AUGGGAUUUCUUGGCCACAUUGUUUCUGCAGAGGGAGUUUCUGUGGAUCCGGCUAAGAUUGAGGCUAUCAGAGAUUGGCCUAGACCUAGUAGUGCCACCGAGAUCAGGAGUUUUCUGGGUUUGGCAGGAUACUACAGGAGGUUCGUCAAGGGGUUUGCUACCAUGGCGCAGCCGAUGACGAAGUUGACCGGGAAGGAUGUCCCGUUUGUUUGGUCAGCUGAGUGUGAGGAGAGCUUUAGUCAGCUCAAGGAGAUGUUGACUACUACACCAGUGUUGGCGUUACCCGAGCCAGGGAAGCCUUACAUGGUGUAUACAGAUGCUUCAGGCAUUGGUCUUGGUUGUGUGCUGAUGCAGGAGGGCAGAGUGAUAGCAUAUGCUUCGAGACAGUGGCAGGGCAGUGAGCGUAACCGUCCUACACAUGACUUAGAGUUGGGAGCAGUGAUCUUCGCGUUGAAGAUUUGGAGGUCUUACUUGCUAGGUGAGACAGUACAGGUCUUCACGGAUCACAAGAGUUUGCAGCAUAUCUUCACUCAGCCGAUGAUGAACGCGAGACAGACGCGCUGGGUUGAGUUCUUGGCGGACUAUCAGGUGAGCAUUAACUACCAUCCGGGCAAGGCUAACCUAGUGGCGGACGCGUUGAGUAGACGGAGGUAUGAUUCCGCAGUUGAGCGAGAUGUGGAGUCUCUAGUUGGCGAGAUCAGUACCUUGCGUUUGUGUGCCAUUUCGCAGGAGCCUUUGGGUUUAGAGGCAGUGGAUCAGGCGGAUCUACUUAGCAGGAUCAGAGUUGCUCAGCAGAGUGAUCAGAGUUUGCUAGAUGCGACGAGAGUGACUGGUUCUGAGUAUGAGGUCUCUGCGAAUGGGACUAUCUUGGUUCGUGGGCGAGUUUGUGUGCCUAAGGAUGUGGAGUUGAGACAUCAGAUUUUGGGAGAGGCUCACGCGAGCAAGUUUUCCAUUCAUCCGGGAGCGACCAAGAUGUACCAUGACCUCAAGAGGUACUAUCAUUGGGUCGGGAUGAAGAGGGAUGUAGCAGACUGGGUUGCGAAGUGCAACACUUGUGCCUUGGUGAAGGCAGAGCAUCAGGUUCCGGGUGGUCUUUUGCAGAGUUUACCCAUUCCAGAGUGGAAGUGGGACAGGAUUACGAUGGAUUUCGUGGUUGGACUACCUGUUUCGAGGACUUUCGAUGCUAUCUGGGUGAUUGUGGAUCGGUUGACUAAGUCGCACAUUUCUUGGCCAUCAAGAAGACAGAUGGAGCUGCUGUCUUGGCUAGGAAGUUUGUGCGAGAGAUUGUGA